UACAGUACAUUACCCUUCACUUUGAUUUAAUGGAAAUUCUUCUGUUAUAAACUCAAAAGACUUGCUGGCAACAAUGCUCUCACUGAAGACUACUGAUAAUUUAUGGAUGUGGAACACUUUAAGCAAGAGGACAUAUGUUUUUAAUUUUUAUUUUUCUUCUUAAAUUUGACCAUCUGUAACAUUAGGGAAUGGCUGGACAUAUAUCGUGGAAACGUGUGAUCCGGAAGGUAGAAAUGGGGAGAAAAGUGGAAAAAGUCCUUAAAGAUAAGGGGGAGAAGGGGGCUCCUGUUAGUGAAGAGGAUGGCACCAGGACUGCAGCAAGCAAGCUACAGGAAAAGUCAGCUUUGCAAACCAUAGAAGACUACCAAUGCACUGGAAUCUUGGAGAAUGAUUUUCCUGAACUAUGUAAUCUUAUUGACAUGAAGGAGUUCCCCUUAGUGACCCCACGACCCCGUCCGACUGUCACAUCAGCUACUGAUAAAAGUGUUCUAGAGGAAGGUCAGUCACAAACAAGUUUACUUGGAAGCCCGGCAAGUCCUUCAGACAGUUUCUUAUAUUUUAGACCCCGUUUGCAAGUGGAACUGGAGUCUGAUGAUCCCAAAUCUGUACGAGAAGUGCACAUCAGAGGUUGGAAAAUUGAUGAUCGAAUGAUCAGAGUUUUUAACAAGUGUCUUCCUAGUCUGUCCAGUUUGCAGGGAAUUAAUUUUUGGAAUGUGGGACUGACAGAUGAGACUUUAUCUUCCCUUAGUGCCACAUUGUCUUUAUGUGUGGGCCUCAGAAAAGUGGUACUAGAAGGAACUCCUAUUCCAUCCCAGGCGUAUGCCCUUCUAAUCUCUGAAGAAAGUGUGCUCACUCAUCUGUCUUUGAGAAAUAAUAAGAUUGAUGAGGUUGGGGCUAAACUGAUUGGUCAAGCACUGUCCACACCAAAAUUAGCAAAUAAGAACCUGACAUUCCUGAACCUAGCAUAUAACCACAUUGAAGAUGCUGGGGCUCUGUAUAUUGCAAAGGGCUUAAGACUCAAUCGUGCACUACUAUGUCUCAAUCUGUCACACAACCAAAUUGGUGAUCAGGGUGCAAUGAAGCUUGCAGAGGUUUUGGGGCCAUUUGCUCUUACGCAUGAAGAGGUAGUGGAAAGAAGAAUACUUUUGUUAAGCAAGGAUUCACAAGAUGGACCAAAAUCGCCAUUGUUCGCAAGAAGAGCUGACUUGAAAGGGGAGCGGUCCCUUAGCCAUUCUAGUAGUAUAUCCAUUGAUCGCAAUCAAAAGACUAAAAGUGCUGCCAAGAAGAAGGAUAAGGAAUCACCCAAGAAAGAUGAGAAAGCUGGAGCUGGUGGAGCCAGUGCUGGAGGUGGUACUGCAGGCACCCAGGGUGGAGCAGCGGCAAAGAAAGAUGAGAGUAAAGGAGGGAAGAAAGGCACUGAUACAAAAGCGUCUAAAGCAAAAGGUGCAAAAUCUGGAGAAAAAGAAAAAAGGCCACUUACCACAGAGCAGGAGACAUGCGAACAACUAGAAAUUAUCAGCCCUCUUCUGGAUGUCGUUGAACACCAUAGUGGAAAUAUAUUCCUUCCUGGAAAUAACAUACUUGCCAGCCUUAACCUUAUGGGAAACCAGAUUACUGAGAUUUCACUGCAAGCUUUCCUGACAGUUUUGCUCAGUCAAAGUGAUAUUCCAAAAGGGAGGCCAGGCACAGGGCUUUUGAGGCUUGCUGUUACGAGAAACAAAUUCUCGCCAAAGUGUGAGGGCUUUCUCAAGAUCAAUGAAAUACUGUCAAAAAGGGACCCACUCUCCAAGACUGCUUUAAAAUCUGAAGGUGAAUAAGCUGGUCUUGUUCCCCUUGGCUGAUAAUAU